UGGGUUAAUUACCCAAUAAUAAUUUGAUGGGCCAAAUCCAAGUUCUAGAGUUUUCUCUACAAAUAUCAUCAUCUCCACCUCCUUAAAAAGUUCUAGAAAUUCUCUAGAAUGAUCUUCCAUCACCUCCUUAAACAUAAUAAUCUAGAUAUUUUUAUAGAAUAAUCUAGAUAAUUGUAUUAUUAUAAUCUAGAUAUUAUGAUGGAAUAAUCUAGAUUUAGAAUUAAAAUAUUUUAGAUAUUUUGUAGUUUGGAGGCUAUAAAUACCACUUCCCUCUCUCAUUUGUAGUAAGAUUGUGAAGUUGUCUUCAAGUUAAAAUCAAAGUAAUAAAAGUUCUAUUUCCUAAAACUCUCUCUCAAACACUUAAACACUUUCUCCAUUACCUCUAAAAGAAUUUUACUCUAACAAAGUGGUAUCAGAGCUUGAAGAUCCUAAAAAUGGCGAGUAACAAUGUUCCCUUCCAAGUUCCAACGCUCACAAAGAGCAACUAUGAUAAUUGGAGUCUACGAAUGAAGGCUAUCCUAGGAGCACAUGACGUGUGGGAGAUAGUCGAGAAAGGUUUCAUUGAACCGGAGAAUGAAGGUAGUCUUUCUCAAACUCAAAAGGAUGGUUUGAGAGACUCAAGAAAGAGAGACAAGAAAGCUCUCUGUCUAAUCUAUCAAGGAUUAGACGAAGAUACGUUCGAGAAGGUUAUUGAAGCUACGUCGGCCAAAGAAGCAUGGGAGAAGCUUCGAACCUCUUACAAAGGUGCCGAUCAAGUCAAGAAGGUACGUCUUCAAACUCUAAGAGGAGAAUUUGAAGCAUUGCAAAUGAAGGAAGGUGAACUCGUCUCCGAUUACUUCUCAAGAGUGUUGACGGUUACUAAUAACCUUAAAAGAAACGGAGAGAAGCUAGAUGACGUGAGAAUCAUGGAGAAAGUUCUUAGAUCGUUGGAUCCAAAAUUUGAGCAUAUUGUCACUGUCAUUGAAGAAACAAAAGAUUUAGAGGCUAUGACAAUAGAGCAACUUCUUGGGUCAUUACAAGCUUAUGAAGAAAAGAAGAAGAAGAAAGAAGAUAUUGUUGAACAAGUCCUCAAGAUGCGGAUUACUAAAGAAGAAAAUGGCCAAAAUUACCAAAGACGAGGUGGUGGUCAAGUACGAGGACGAGGUCGUGGAUAUGGAAACGGACGAGGUUGGAGGCCAUAUGAAGACAACACAAACCAAAGAGGAGAAAACUCAUCAAGAGGCCGUGGGAGAGGAAGCCCGAAAUCAAGAUAUGAUAAAUCAAGUGUCAAAUGUUACAAUUGUGGGAAGUUUGGACAUUAUGCUUCCGAAUGUAAAGCUCCUAGCAACAAAAAAGUCGAGGAGAAGGCCAACUACGUUGAAGAACAAGUCCAAGAAGAAGACAUGUUAUUAAUGGCUAGUUACAAGAAAGGUGAACAUGAAGAGAAUCAUAAGUGGUACCUUGAUAGUGGUGCAAGUAAUCACAUGUGCGGGAGCAAAAGUAUGUUCGUGGAGCUUGAUGAAUCGGUGAGAGGAAAUGUGGCUUUAGGAGAUGAAUCGAAGAUGGAGGUAAAAGGCAAAGGAAAAAUUCUCAUCCGAUUGAAGAAUGGAGAUCAUCAAUUUAUAUCAAAUGUUUACUAUAUUCCGAGCAUGAAGACAAACAUCUUGAGUCUUGGACAACUCUUAGAGAAAGGUUAUGAUAUUCGACUAAAAGAUAAUAACCUUUCUAUAAGAGACCAAGAAAGCAAUCUCAUUACCAAGGUGUCAAUGUCGAAAAAUAGAAUGUUUGUCCUUAACAUUCGAAAUGACAUCGCACAAUGUCUCAAGAUGUGCUACAAGGAGGAGUCUUGGCUUUGGCAUCUUCGAUUUGGGCAUCUAAAUUUUGGAGGAUUGAAGUUGCUUUCGAAGAAAGAAAUGGUGAGAGGACUACCUUGUAUCAAUCAUCCAAAUCAAGUGUGUGAAGGAUGUCUACUUGGAAAGCAAUUCAAAAUGAGCUUUCCAAAGGAGUCAAGUACAAGAGCUCAAAAACCGUUAGAGCUAAUACACACGGAUGUGUGUGGUCCGAUCAAGCCCAAAUCACUUGGUAAAAGUAACUACUUCCUUCUCUUUAUUGAUGAUUUUUCAAGAAAAACAUGGGUUUACUUUUUGAAAGAAAAAUCCGAGGUGUUCGAGAACUUCAAAAGGUUUAAAGCCCAUGUUGAGAAGGAAAGUGGUCUUACAAUCAAAUCCAUGAGAUCCGACCGUGGAGGAGAGUUUACAUCGAAGGAGUUUUUAAAGUAUUGUGAAGAUAACGGCAUUCGAAGACAACUAACGGUGCCAAGAUCCCCUCAACAAAAUGGUGUAGCGGAAAGAAAGAAUAGAACAAUUCUUGAGAUGGCGAGGAGCAUGCUCAAAAGUAAGAGACUACCAAAAGAGUUGUGGGCGGAAGCGGUCGCGUAUGCGGUUUAUCUAUUAAACCGAUCUCCAACAAAAAGUAUCUCGGGAAAAACACCACAAGAAGCAUGGAGCGGAAGGAAGCCCGGUGUUUCUCAUUUAAGAGUCUUUGGAAGCAUUGCUCAUGCUCAUGUACCAGAUGAGAAGCGGAGUAAACUAGAUGACAAAAGUGAGAAGUACAUCUUCAUUGGUUAUGAUAACAACUCCAAAGGCUAUAAGCUCUAUAAUCCCGAUACGAAGAAGACAAUAAUUAGUCGAAAUGUCGUUUUCGAUGAAGAAGAAGAAUGGGAUUGGAAAUCAAAUGAAGACGAUUAUAACUUCUUUCCACACUUUGAAGAAGAUGACUCGGAGCUAACAAGAGAUGAGCCACCAAGAGAAGAACCCACUACACCACCAACUUCACCAACAAGUUCUCAAGGAGAAGAAAGCUCAAGCGAGAGGACUCUUCAUUUUAGAAGUUUACAAGAGCUCUACGAGGUAACCGAAAAUCAAGACAACCUUACUUUAUUUUGUCUAUUUGCGGAGUGUGAACCCAUGGAUUUCCAAGAAGCCAUUGAAAAGAAGACUUGGAGAAAUGCCAUGGAUGAAGAGAUAAAGGCGAUAAAAAAGAAUGAUACAUGGGAGCUAGCUUCACUUCCAAAUGGGCACAAGGCGAUAGGUGUGAAGUGGGUGUAUAAAGCAAAGAAAAAUUCUAAAGGAGAAGUGGAAAGAUACAAAGCAAGAUUAGUGGCCAAAGGUUAUAGUCAAAGAGCCAGAAUCGACUAUGACGAAGUAUUUGCUCCCGUUGCUCGUCUAGAAACGGUUAGACUAAUCAUUUCACUAGCGGCUCAAAACAAGUGGAAGAUACAUCAAAUGGAUGUCAAGUCGGCCUUCUUAAAUGGUGACCUUGAAGAAGAAGUUUACAUUUAGCAACCACAAGGCUACAUAGUCAAAGGAGAAGAAAACAAAGUCUUGAGGCUAAAGAAGGCGCUUUACGGAUUAAAACAAGCCCCAAGAGCUUGGAAUACUCGAAUUGACAAGUACUUCAAGGAGAAAGACUUCAUCAAGUGUCCAUAUGAGCAUGCACUCUAUAUCAAAAUUCAAAAAGACGAUAUAUUGAUUGCAUGCUUAUAUGUAGAUGACUUGAUAUUCACGGGUAACAAUCCAA